AUGUUCGACAAGCUGAACCAGGAGCUGAGUCUUGACCCAACUUGCACAUGCAGGGCCCUCAACCCUGCGGCCACCCAGGGCCCUCAACCCUGCGGCCACCCCAGGGCCCUCAACCCUGCGGCCACCCCAGGGCCCUCAACCCUGCGGCCACCCCAGGGCCCUCAACCCUACGGCCACCCCAGGGCCCUCAACCCUACGGCCACCCCGGGGCCCUCAACCCUGCGGCCACCCCAGGGCCCUCAACCCUGCGGCCACCCCGGGGCCCUCAACCCUGCGGCCACCCCAGGGCCCUCAACCCUGCGGCCACCCAGGGCCCUCAACCCUGCGCCCUCAACCCUGCGGCCACCCAGGGCCCUCAACCCUGCGGCCACCCCGGUGCCCUCAACCCUGCGGCCACCCCAGGGCCCUCAACCCUACGGCCACCCUAGGGGCCCUCAACCCUGCGGCGGGGCCCUCAACCCUGCGGCCACCCCAGGGCCCUCAACCCUGCGGCCACCCAGGGCCCUCAACCCUCACCCCAGGGCCCUCAACCCUACGGCCACCCCAGGGGCCCUCACCCUGCGGGGCCCUCAACCCUGCGGCGGCCCCAACCCCGGGCCACCCAGGGCCCUCAACCCUGCGGCCACCCCGGUGCCCUCAACCCUGCGGCCACCCCAGGGGCCCUCAACCCUGCGGCCACCCCAGGGGCCCUCAACCCUGCGGCCACCCUGGAUGAGGAGGCAGGAUAAUACAGGAAUACGAAGCAUCACCACGGCUAACGUUGCACAACAUCGAUCUCUCUAA